CCAAUGGAUGGACCAAAUGACUCUGUGGUAUCUGAAUUUGUAUUGAUUGGUCUUUCAAAUUCAUGGGAGAUGCACCUUUUUCUCUUUGGGUUCUUCUCUGUGUUCUACAUGGGAAUUAUCCUGGGAAACCUCUUCAUUGUGUUCACGGUAAUUAUUGACUCUCAUUUAUACACCCCCAUGUACUUCCUAUUGGCCAACCUCUCUCUUCUUGAUCUAGGUCUGUCCUCUACCACAGUACCCAAAAUGAUCUCUGAUCUUUUCACUGACUGCAACAUCAUUUCCUUUCCAAAAUGCAUGAUACAGAUAUUUUUUAUUCAUGUCAUGGGUGGAGGUGAGAUGGUGCUGCUCAUAGCCAUGGCAUAUGACCGGUACACCGCAAUCUGUAAACCUCUCCACUACCUGACCAUCAUGAGCCCCAAAACGUGUGUCUCCUUUGUAGUGGCUGCCUGGAUAGUGGGGAUAAUCCAUGCUGUAUCUCAGUUUGUUUUUGUCAUAAACCUGCCCUUUUGUGGCCCUAAUGAAGUAGAUAGUUUUUACUGUGAUUUUCCUCGCGUCAUGAAACUUGCUUGUGUAGACACUUACAAGCUAGAGUUUGUAAUCACUGCCAACAGUGGGUUUAUAUCCAUGGCUACUUUCUUCUCCUUAAUUAUAUCCUAUAUCUUCAUUUUGGUCACUGUCUGGAAACGUUCUUCAGGGGACUUGUCCAAAGCAUUUGUCACAUUGUCAGCUCACAUCACUGUAGUGAUUUUGUUUUUUAUGCCAUGCAUGUUUCUCUAUGUGUGGCCUUUCCCUACAUCAUCACUGGAUAAGUAUUUGUUCAUAGUCGACUUCGCUAUCACCCCCAUCUUGAAUCCUGCCAUCUAUACAUUAAGAAACAAAGACAUGAGAGUGGCCAUGAGAAGACUGGGCAAGCGGAUUGUGCAUCCUACUGGUAUCUAA